UGCCUCAGGAGAGAUAUAGAUCCUCAGCCCUGUCUCCGGCUCUUGGGAAGAAGCCACGCCCACUUCUCUAGCUCCGCCCCCUGUGUCCUAACAGGUGCCCCAGGUGCUCAGCCCUGUCUCCGGCACUUGGGAAGAGGUCCCGCCCCUCCUCUGGCCCCGCCCCCGUGUCCUAAUAGGUGCCAUCACCGCCCCCCUGGAUUACUCCAGUGCCCACUGGGGGGCGGUAGCGCCCACUUUGGGAACCACUGAUUUACAGUAUCAUAUGCUGCUGGUAUAUCUAUGAAGACAGCUCCUGUAAACUGCUAUGAUUGGCUGGAGGGAGGAAGAGGAAAAGUCCUUCUCGGCCAAUGGGCUCAUCAAGCAAAGAGCAAAGCCUGAUUGGUCGCCGCUGCCGAGGUCACAGCCCCAACAAUGACCAGUCCUGCGUAGAACCAUGGCCAACAAAAGUCAUUAUGGGAUAAUCUGCCAUUUCCGACGCUAUGUAAUAAAGCUCGGCGCUGGGAGGAAGAAGCAAGAGGAGCAGCAGCAGCAGCAGCAGCAGCGAUGGCGCGCCUGGUGGCAGUGUGCAGAGACGGGGAGGAAGAAUUCCCCUUCGAGCGGCGCCAGAUCCCCCUCUACAUAGACGACACCCUGACGAUGGUGAUGGAGUUUCCCGAUAAUGUGUUAAACCUCGAUGGACAUCACAACAACGGAGCACAACUAAAGCAGUUCAUUCAGCGGCACAGCAUGCUCAAGCAGCAGGACUUGAACAUUGCCAUGAUGGUGACCUCUCGGGAAGUCCUGAGCGCGCUUUCCCAGCUCGUCCCUUGUGUUGGCUGCCGUCGCAGCGUGGAGCGCCUUUUCUCCCAGCUGGUUGAGUCGGGGAAUCCCGCCCUGGAACCCCUCACGGUCGGAUCGAAAGGCGUCCUCUCGGUCACCCCCAGCUGCAUGCGGGACGCCAAGAAGCUCUACACGCUCUUCUACGUGCAUGGGUCCAAAUUAAAUGACAUGAUAGAUGCGAUUCCCAAGAGUAAGAAGAACAAGCGAUGCCAGUUGCACUCCUUGGACACCCACAAACCCAAACCCUUGGGCGAUGCUAGCGCCCUGAGCUCAGAGAAAUUAGGUGCAGAUAAGAGAACUAGUGACGACGACAGGAAGGAGAGCAAGUGUAGGAUUACUUUCUGCUAUGGACCUUUCCAGGGAGCUGCCAGGGGUUGCUGGAUGGAUGUGUGGGAACUCAUGUCCCAGGAGUGCCGGGACGAAGUAGUCUUAAUUGAUUCCAGUUGCCUGUUAGAGACGUUAGAGACAUAUCUGCGGAAACACAGGUUUUGCACUGACUGCAAGAACAAAGUCUUGCGGGCCUACACCAUCCUGAUCGGGGAGCUGGACUGCAACAAGGAGAAGGGCUACUGUGCCGCGCUGUACGAGGGCCUGCGCUGCUGCCCCCACGAGCGCCACAUCCACGUCUGCUGCGAGACCGACUUCAUCGCCCACCUCCUUGGCCGAGCCGAGCCUGAGUUCGCAGGAGGGUAUGAGCGACGAGAGAGGCAUGCCAAGACAAUCGACAUUGCCCAAGAGGAGGUCCUCACCUGCUUGGGCAUCCACCUUUACGAACGGCUGCACCGCAUCUGGCAGAAGCUCCGGGCCGAGGAGCAGACGUGGCAGAUGCUCUUCUACCUUGGCGUGGAUGCCCUCCGUAAAAGCUUUGAGAUGGCGGUGGAGCGAGUGCAGGGCAUCAGCCGCCUGGAGCAGCUCUGCGAGGAGUUCUCCGAAGAGGAGCGAGUGCGGGAGCUGAAGCAGGAGAAGAAGCGGCAGAAGCGCAAGAACCGGCGGAAAAAUAAGUGCGCCUGCGAGAUCCCGGCCCCCUUGCAAGCGGCGGAAGAGAAGGAGGGGAGCCAGGAGAAGGAAAACUUCUUGGAAAGUGGUUGCAAAGCCUGUGGCGGCUCUGAAGACAGAGGCACCUGCGUUGAAGUGAUUGUCACCAACGAGAACACCUCCUGUACUUGUCCUGCCGGCGGCACUUUACUGGGAUCUCCUAAAAUAAAGAAAGGUUUAUCUGCACAUUGUAACGGGAGCGACUGUGGCUAUUCCUCCAGCAUGGAAGGCAGCGAAACCGGAUCGCGAGAGGGCUCCGAUGUGGCUUGCACCGAAGGCAUUUGCAACCAUGAUGAAAACGGCGACGACCCUUGCCUCCAUCGCUGCGACGACAAGGAAGAGGACGGGGACAGUUGCGUGGAGUGCUGGGCAAACUCCGAAGACCAUAACCUGAAGGGCAAAAACAAGAAGAAGAAAAAGAAAAACAAGAAGUGCGAGGCUGAGCAUAUCCAAAAGCUGGGGAACUGUGCUGUGGAGGCCAGCAGCCCUCAUGAGAACUCAGGGACGGCCGCGCACACGGACUUCCACCGGGACAAGACCAAAGACCCGCGGGCCGAAACGUGCUGUUGCUCAGAGAAGGCCGGGCAGCCAGUGCCUUGGACAGAGCACAGGAAGACGGUGCUGCUCUGCGCAGAGCCUCCCGAGGCCGCCUCCACUCCUGAUGCUGGGAAGGGCGCUAAGAGUUUGGUGGAACUCCUUGACGAAUCCGAAUGCACUUCUGACGAAGAACUCUUCAUCUCUCAAGACGAGAUCCAGUCCUUCAUGGCGAACAACAAGUCUUUCUACAGCAAUAGAGAACAAUACCGACAGCACCUGAAAGAAAAGUUUAACAAAUACUGCCGCUUGAACGACCACAAGGGCCCGGUUUGUAGCGGCUGGCUGACCACCGCCGGCGCAAACUAAAGCCAAUAAAACUAGCUCUGUCUGUCAAUGAAAAAAAAUUGAAAUGAGUAUCGCGCCUUUUCUCUCUCAAGAUGAAAUCCUUUCUUUAGUGACUAAAACAAGAUCUUCUGUUUAAGAAAAAUCAAUGUGUCUGGGUCUCCCCCUUUUCUUUCUUUGUUUCCCCGGAAGGUUGGUAGAAGGCGAACCCAUUAAUAUUUUGGCUCCUUCCCUUUUUCCCCCCCCCCCCAGGCUCAGAUCUUGAGUAAUUUUCUUCUUCUUUUUUUACUAGAUCGAAGCAAAUCUAGACCUUCCUAAUUUAAGCCAUCUCUCUGUUUCUCUCCUUUCAUUCAAUGUUUCUCUUAACUGUGACACUUAACAGAGAAAGACAAAAAUACGCAACUUUAGUGGCAAAAAAAAAGAAGUAAUGUUGUACUUAUAAUUCUGUACAGAAAAAUGACAAUGAGUUCAAAUAUAAAGAUUUUACAAAGUAGACAUCCAUUUGCAAAGAGAAAUUGUUCUGGAUGUAAUAUGUUGAAGCGCAAUGUGCAAAAUUUAAAAAUAAAGAAUAUUUAUUAAUAUGCAUAAUAAAAAAAACGUAGAAGCGUG